CACCCGCGGGGGACACUGUGCUGUGCCGCUGGCCUCGGAGGACUUUUGCUACAAUUACCAUCAUUGUUAUUAUUAUUAUUAUUAUUAUUAUUAUUAUUAUUAUUGGGGUUUUAAUUUUUUAAUUCUUUCGCGGGGCAGCGGUUUUUUCCUCCUCCUUCGGCGCGGUGGAAAACACACGUUUUAGACCAAAAUCCCAAACCAGCCCAUCCAUCCUCAUUGCUUUGCGCUUCGCAGCAACUUGGAACCCGUUAAUUGCACUUGGCGAUGGAUGAGUUCCACCCCUUCAUUGAGGCGCUGCUCCCCCACGUCAGGGCCUUUGCCUACACCUGGUUCAACCUGCAGGCCCGCAAGCGCAAGUAUUUCAAGAAGCAUGAGAAGAGGAUGACGAAGGAUGAGGAGAGGGCGGUGAAGGACGAGUUGCUGAGCGAGAAGCCGGAGGUGAAGCAGAAAUGGGCCUCGCGCCUCCUGGCCAAGCUGCGCAAGGACAUCCGGCCCGAGUGCCGCGAGGACUUCGUGCUCUCCAUCACGGGCAAGAAGCCCUCGUGCUGCGUCCUCUCCAACCCCGACCAGAAAGGCAAGAUGCGCCGCAUCGACUGCCUGCGGCAGGCAGACAAGGUGUGGCGGCUGGACCUGGUCAUGGUCAUCCUCUUCAAAGGGAUCCCGCUGGAGAGCACCGACGGUGAGCGCCUGGUCAAGGCGGGCCAGUGCACCAACCCCAUCCUCUGCGUCCAGCCCCACCACAUCAGCGUCUCUGUCAAGGAGCUCGACCUCUACCUGGCGUACUUCGUCCGUGAGAGAGAUGCAGAGCAGAGCAGCAGCCCCCGGACAGGCAUUGGCUCAGACCAGGAGGACAGCAAACCCAUCACGCUGGAUUCGACAGACUUCCAGGAAAGCUUCGUCACCUCGGGGGUGUUCAGUGUCACCGAGCUCAUCCAGGUGUCCCGAACACCGGUGGUGACAGGCACAGGGCCAAACUUCUCCCUGGGGGAGCUGCAGGGCCACCUGGCCUAUGACCUGAACCCCUCCAGCACCGGCAUGAGGAGGACACUGCCCAGCACCUCCUCCAGCGGGAGCAAACGGCACAAGUCGGGGUCCAUGGAGGACGACAUUGACACCAGCCCUGGGGGCGAGUACUACACCUCCUCCAACUCCCCCACCAGCAGCAGCCGCAACUGGACAGAAGACAUGGAAGGGGGCAUCUCCCCCACUGUGAAGAAGACAGAGAUGGACAAGUCCCCCUUCAACAGCCCAUCACCCCAGGACUCCUCGCCCCGGCUGAGCAGCUUCACGCAGCACCACCGUCCUGUCAUUGCUGUGCACAGUGGUAUCACCCGAAGCCCGCACCCAUCGUCUGCGCUGCAUUUCCCCACCACCUCCAUCCUUCCCCAGACGGCCUCCACCUACUUCCCGCACACGGCCAUCCGGUACCCGCCUCAUCUCAACCCGCAGGACCCGCUCAAGGAUCUCGUCUCGUUGGCCUGCGACCCGUCCAACCAGCAGCCCGGACCGUUAAAUGGAAGUGGUCAAGUGAAAGUGCCCAGCCACUACCUGCCCACGCAGAUGCUGGCGCCGCCACCUCCCCCCGGCAUGCCCCGCUUGGCCGUCUCUCCUGACACCAAAUCCACCACGACAACUUCCGAGGGAGGGACGACCUCGCCGACAUCACCCACCUACUCUGCACCAGGCACGCCCCCUGCGAACCGUUCCUUCGUGGGAUUAGGACCAAGGGAUCCUGGGAGUAUCUAUCAGGCACAGUCCUGGUACCUGGGAUAACCGCCGCCGUGCCGCCCCUUCGCCUCCCUUCUCUGCUUUAGGCACCCCCAGAGGAACAUCCCCGUCCCCGAGCACCAGGCCCAGCCUUGCGGUGACGACGGAGAGCGCGGCCUCACGACGACGACGACGACGACGACAAGCAAAACCCACACCCGAAGGAAAGAGCAAGGGAAAGGAAGAAGGAAAAGGGUCAUACUGUUUUAAAAUGGAAAAAAAAAAAAAAAAAAAAACAAACCCCACAAACAAAAAACAAACAAACCAACAACCCAUCCCAAGAGGACCUUUCCCCCCACCCCGGCGAUGCGCCAGAAAACAAAGAAACAAGAAAAAAAAGAAAAAAAAAAGAAAAAAAAAAGAAAGCAAAAAACACUAUUAUUUACCCCGUCGGCCGGCGCCGCGCUGAGACCUGACACAAGCGGUGCCAGCAAUGCCUCCCGGAGCGGCUGCGGGGCCGCGGCGCCGAGCCCCGCCGGCCGCUCGCCGAAUAUGCAAACGGCUUUGACUCUCUCGUUCUUGCCUCUACGUGAGUAAAAAUGAUCAAACCUCCUCCGCCGACCCCCCCGGCCCCAGACUGUCGGGGGGCCCCGGGGCUGGGGUGGGGCGCGGCGGGGCGGGCUGGGGAACCCCUCCCGCUGCCGCAGCCCUGCGGACCGGGCGCGCUCGCGGUCGCGGCGGGUGACGCUCCGUGCUGUGCGAGCGCUCCGGGGACGGUGACAUCGUGCUGCGGUGACACGGGGACGGUUACGCGGUGGCACAGUGGAUCGAGCGGGGUGGCACAGGAGGAGGGGGCUUGUGACCACAGAGGGUGCAUGGGCACGGCCAGAGAUGGUCGCGGCGGCGGUGGCACCUCGGUUCCCGCGCGGACACGGUGUCGGGACGCUCCCACCACGGCCCCAAAUGUCACAGCGGCGGUGGCACCCCGAUUCCAUCGGGGACAGGGCACGGGGACUGUCGCAGCCCGGCGGCCACCGUCGCGCCGAGACACCGGUCACCACCUCUCUGGUCGCCUUCCUCCCCCAAGCCUGCACCGGGCCGAGCCCCGUGUGUCCCCACCCGUGUCCCUGUGUCCCCGGCGUGUCCUCGCGCCCGGGGGGUUCCGCGGGGCUGGGGGGGAGGGGGCCCGUGCGUCCGUGUGUUUGAGCUAUGCAUUCCUGUGGACAGGUACCAGGUGGGAGGCAGGGUGCGCUCGUGUUGCACAUUUUGUAGGAAAUGCACUUUUAAGAGGGAAUCAUCAAAAGAAAAAAAAAAGAAAAAGAAGAAGAGAAAAGAAAACAAAAUCACAAAAAAAAGGAGGAAGAGGAGAAGGAGGAGGUGGAGUCCCCGGCACCGGCUUGCCGGGACGGCUGGUUUGGGGUUUUUGGGUUUGGUGGUUUUGGUUUUUUGGGGUUUGUUGUUUUUUGUGUGGGUUUUUUUUUUUUUUGGGUUUGUUUUUUUUUGUUUGUUUGGUUGUUUUUUUUUUUUUUUUUUUUGGGUUUUUUGUUUGGUUUUUUUUUUUUUUUUUUGAUACAAAGGAUGGAGCAAAGAAAAGAAGCCCGAGCGACGGCGAGGGCUGAGCCAGCCCCCCGGAGCCCCUCGAAGUCCCCCGGAAUCCUCCGGAGCCCCCGGCCCCGCGUCAAGUGCCUGAACUGCGGCGGGGAGGGGUCCCGGCCUCCCCGGAGGAGCCCUCGGCCGGGGGCAGCGCGGGAGGAAGCGCUCGGCCGUCCCCGUCCCGUGCGGUGACAGCGUGGCCGGGAAGGGGACGCAGGGACGUGGCAGUGCCUUAGAGCAGAGGGACCCCCGCGACGGCCGAGGCGAGGAGGAGGACGAGGAUGAAGGUGCCCGUUGUCCCCAGCGAGACGAGGAGACUGGUCCCCAAAGGAUCUCCGGUCCGGGGACACCCGAAGGGUGGUGAUGGAGAGAAGCCGCCGUGGGAUGUCCAGGAGCUGGGAAUGUCACCGAGGCCACCGUCGCCACUCCGUCCCCUGGCACCCAGAGCCGCCCCGAGGACCACCGGCAUCGCAUCCCCCAUCCCAGUGGCCCCCGCUCCCCCCUCCGCUUCCCCCCGCUUCCCACCCCCCCGGGACGGCACAAUGAGACACCGGGGAAAGGGCUGACGCAGGAAAUCCCGGGAGACAGAAAAAUAGUAAAAAAGGACAAGAAAAGGAGAAAACCCACCAAAAAAAAGGAAAAAAAAAAAAAAGAAAAGAAAAAACAACAACAAAAAAAGCGCUUGGCGGAGAGGGAAACCUGUUUUUUGUUUUUUUUUUUUUUUUAAGAUCUGAGAAAAGAAACACAUAAAAAAAGACAAAAGGACAAAAAAAAAAAAAAAAAAAAAAGAAAAAAAAAAAAAAGAGACAAACUGCAUGGUGCUUUAACAGGAUCUGGUGACCUGGCUCAACCCAGCCGCGGCUGGCUGAUGCUGUGCAUGGCAGACUCUUAUUAACCGGCUCUACCUUCCCCUUCAGCAAAAGAGAAAAAAAGAGGAAAAAAAAACCAAACAAAAAAAAUCUGUAUAAAAGAAAAAAAAAGCCGUAAAAAAAAAAAAAAACACACAAGAAAAAAAAAAAUCCAUGUUUUCCUAAUUUGCACGAAAUUUUAUACCACAUGAUGUGCCUUGCCUUCGAAGCCUAAGUAUUACUGGACCCGAUAUCAGUGCGAGGGAGUCGCUGCAUGCCCGGGGCUCCCGGGGGGCCGGGGGGGCCGGGGGCCGCUGCCCCCCCCCGCCUCCUGCAUGGCUUCUUCUCGGCCGGAAAAGUCCCUUUUUCUCUCUAUUCUUCUUCUUUUUUUAACCGAUUUUCCCCCUCAGAAACGUCUUCCAGUUGGUAAUACCGAUGCAUCCUCUGCGCCAACACACCGGAAUAUGCAAUAGCUGUGGGGGGGCCGGCCGGGGGGGCGGCCACCCCUUUGCUUUGCCUCUCUUUUCUUUGUUUCCCUUCCCUUUUGGGGGGUUUUGAUUUGUUUUUUCUGCUUCCAGCAACCAAAGGCAGCGAGGCGGGAGGCGGCAGGGACCCCCGGGCCAGAGACCCCCCGAGAACUCGGGGGGGGGACGCGGUGUCCGGGCGCGGCAGGACUGAGCGGGGCGUGCUGGGCUCCGUGCGGGGACGAGCAGGGAUGGAGGGAGAGCCGCAGGGCUGAUCCCUCGGGCGGGCCACAGCGUCCCACCGCUCCCCAUUAGGGACCCCCACUUUUUAAUUGGUUUUCCACGGGGCGCAGGGCCAGGGGGGCUGAGCCUGGCUGCUCUCGUGACAGGAAUGGAACCGUGUGAAUGUAGCUUUGCCCUCCCGGGCUGGUGUCAGGGGGGUCACAGCCUGCCCCCCACCUCCACCCCAUCGGCUUCAUCCCCGGGGUCCGGCUGGCGCGGCAGGGAGCGGCAGGAGGUGCCUUCUUGCCGCCGCUCCCUGCUGUGCCCGCUGCCGAGCAGGGGCCCGACACCCCCUAAAAACCCUGAAUUUGCCUUAAAACCCCAGCGUUCCGCCGGCUGGAGAGACUCCCCGAGCUCCAUGAGGCUGAGAACUGACGCGGGUUGUGACACCAGUGGGCGGGUGGCACCGGCAUCGCUACUGCUCGGGCAUGAAGAAACGUCGUCGUUAACAGUUUUUUAUUUUUGUUUGUUUGAUUUGGUUUUGUUCCUUUUUUUUUUUUUCCUUUUCUUUUCUUUUCUUUUUUUUUUUUUUUUUUUUUUUUUGGUGUCCAAAAGUAUUAAUGGAGGAUGACGGGGUGGUCGCGUCCCGCCAGGUUUCGCCCAGACUUGAGGCUGGUUUGAGGGUCGCAGACCCCUGGGGGGAGCCUCGGGAGACGCUUCUUUAUGCAAGGUGCAGUAUUGAUUUCUGCAAGGACAAUGCAAGGAGGGAGUGGGGGCGGCGUCCAGCUGGGGGCGGGGGAGGGGGGAGGAAUGAAAAAUAGAAUUAAAAAAAAAGAGGGGGAAAAGAAGACAAUUUUUUUUAAAGAAAGAAUUUUUUUUAAUAGAAAGACAAAAAAAAAAAAAAAAGGGGGGGUUAAGGCUGGAAAAGGCUCAGCUCAAAGAAAAAAAAAAAAAAAAAAAAAAAAAUUUAAAAAAAGCAUUUUUAAACGGUGACAGCGACAGCGGAGGGAGGGAGCACGGGCCACCGGGCAGCCCCUUCGGCCAGCCCCGGGGAGGCGAGGGGCGCUGGCGCCCCUCGGGCCUGGGUCCCCCGCCCCGAGGAAGCCCCGGAGCCCCUGUCCCCCGCGGGGACACCGCCGGGGCCGUCCCCUGCCCCCUCUUUGCUGCCUCCCCACUCCCCGGGCCGGCUGCAAGUCCGGCCGGGCUGCGGCCGCAGCCUCCCAAAACCCGCCCUCGGCAAGAAAAGCACCUUAAACCAAAUUUUAAAAGACAAAAAAGAA